AUGGCAGGCCCUUCGCCCCACGUGAGAAACUCCCAGAACCCAAGCUUGCAGGACGCUGUGAACCCCCGCUGCACGUCUACUCAGACCCUCACCUCCGCAUUAUUCACCACCCGCCUACCCGCCCCGUCCCUGGCCGCCUCGCUCAAAGUAACGAAAAUCCCGCUAAUUGAAGACGACUCGGCACCACGAGUCGUCGUACCCCGACUCUUAGUUCUGGCGGAAUCCACCCCCGACGAAGGAGUUCAGACUCUUUCGCAAUAUACACAUCUCGACGACGGUAUGGAUGCUGAGCACUACCAACACUCUCUGGAUGAGGAGGAGGACGACGAUGAGGAGAGCAGUUUCGUUCAGGGUAUCACAGCCGGAGGACAUGACCAUUCGCAGGAUACAUCUCCCCCAGAAUUUUCCCACCAAAGCUUUGAACGACAGCACCUCUCGAUAGAUCCGGCGCUCGACACGCCACCUCCGGAAAAUCAUCCCCAUCAUCUUCAUCACCAUCACCAUGCUGGACAGGACAAUGACGAUGAAGAAGGCGAUGGAUCCUCUCACCACCGGCUCCAGCAACCGCAGCAACAAGUCCAGAAUCAUUUUGUGCAAUCACAACUUCCCCGGCAGCUCUACACUGACCUCGCGCGGAGCGCGAACCAGUUCUCGUUACAACAUCACGCCCCUGACCAGUUAUCGACGCCUCCAGCGCAGUUUCAAGCAUCGUCGCCUGCAUCCGGAAAAAUCUUGCCAACGUUCACACCAUCGGAUCGGAGCUUGCCUGAUCGAGCUGUUACGGACGAAACCUUAGACGAUGCCUACGUCGCAUUUAUCUUAUACUGCAACCCAUCCGUACCACUGGAUUGUGAUACGGCCGAGCUACGGAAAGCCUUUAGACAGCCUCCUAAGAGCGAUGGCAAGACCUUCAAUAUCCAUCACCUCCUCCAAUUGAUUGAAAAGUUUGAAGAGAAGGAAAUCAAAACAUGGACGAAGCUCGCGAUUCAGCUGGGGGUUGAGAGAACUGCAGACCAGAGCGCGCAGAAAGUCCAACAGUAUGCAGUGAGAUUAAAGAGAUGGAUGCAUGCGAUGCAUAUCGACGCAUUUUUCGAAUACAUUCUCAACAAACCGCACGCAUACUACCAACAUAUCCCUCACUCUCUACCUACCUCUGACUCCCUAGAUCAGAUGCGUGACGGUGUGCCUAUCGAGGAAGAUCUGGCCUUACGCGCUUUACAUCCGGAAACUCGUCCUAAGCGUGGCCGACGGAAAACAGAUGACAAGGACGAUGGGAGUGAAAAGGAUAUGCCUGAUUCCAAGCGGCCGCAUAUUGGUAUUGAAACCCCCACUACUACAGACCCCACCAGUGCCAUGGAACACUUCAGUAAUUCCUUAUUUCCACCACACCCUCAAUCUGCGGCUCCAUCUAGUGCUGGAGGAGAUGGGAUGGAAAGGUUUCUAGAGGAGUCGGAUCCUUGGGCAGCGGCUACACAAUCCGUCUUAAGUGGUGGGGGGAACAGUGCUACACCUACAGGUGGGCAACAGUUUCGGUGGAGGGCUUUUCCAAGGGAAGGAACUACACCGCAAAGCGCACAUGCACCUCCGACUAUACUCACAUCUCAUGAUAACAUCACCCCCCAAGAUGAAAUACAGACACCUGUUUCAACAACUCCAGUAUCUGCCUCAAAGCCACGGUCCCGACGGAGGCAUGGCCCAGCCGUGUCCUCUGCCUGGCCAAGCUCUGGAAACCCUCUUACUGGAAAAUUGAGGGGUCGACCACCGAGUAAUAGAUCCGUUAGAGAUGGCCCAUUUUCAACAUUCCCAGCCCACCCUACAGGUAAAGGCCAUACUAUCGACCUUAGUAGUCCGGGAAGCAUAACCCCAACUCCGACCUCAACUCCUGUCACCACCCAUGCGCCACAACAAUUCACAUUCAGACCGGAGCAACUGCACCUAACCGUCCCAGCAAGGGUCGGCGGUAAUGCCAUUUCAAUGGCAUCACCAGCUUCAGCCAUAACCCCAUCACCGCACAUGAAUGGUAACUCUUGGAAACGUGAAAAAAGCCCCCUGGGAAGGGAAAGUGCGAAUAUAUAUGAAGCCCAAGGGCUCGAGGAUGUCGAGCGGAGAUUCUCUGUGAGCUUGUUACAGGCCCAGUGUCAUGAUGGGUUGGUAUUGGGGGUGGAAGACGCAAAGAGGAUAGCAGAGAAGAUUGUCUCUGCCCUGAAACGUGCCUGGCCGAAUAGUGGAGGCAGGGUGGAUGACAAAAUUGUAGCAGCACUGUUGGGCUGUGGUGAUGACGGUGUUUUCCGAGAGGUCAAGAUUUCGAGAUUAAGCGGAGGCUCAGAUCGGCGAGACCUAGAUGAUUUAGGACUGGACGUCGACGAUGGCGACCAAUUAAACGGCCGAGAAGGUGGUGAGAGGGGGUUCGAUGUCCGGUGGAGUAUACAGUUUGGCUCUGUCAAGGGCGAAUUCUCGCAGAUUGUGUCUGUUGGCGGAAAUAGUGGACUAGACCAUAACAAUGACCCCCCCCCUAGCAGUCUCAGCCAAAUAGGGGAAGAUAACGACCGGGUAUUAAAAGAGCUAGAAGGCCUUGAAGACUUCGGCGGGGGAGUUAACGACGACCCACACGAAAAAAGCACAGGUAGCAGCAAUGGUGCUAGCAACACUGGAAAUGUCGAGAAGCUGAGGAAGCGAGUCCUGGAGCUGGAGCGGAGUUUAAAGGCUAAGGAGAAGGAAAUUCAUGGCAUAAAGGAAAAUGUUCUCAAAGCUGUGGUUCUGUGA